AUGGCAUCUGUGGCUUACUACGAGCUCUACCGUGGGAGCAGCCUCGGACUGUCUCUCACCGAUACUCUGGACGAUCUGAUCAACGAGGGCCGUAUCGAACCCCAGCUGGCCAUGAAAAUCCUCUCCACCUUUGACCGUGUGGUUACUGAGGUCCUGGCCGACAAAGUUCGAGCCAGACUAACCUUCAAGGGUCAUCUCGAUACCUACCGAUUCUGCGACGAAGUCUGGACAUUCCUGAUUAAGGACGUCACAUUCAAGUUGGACAACCAAACCUCAGUAUCCGCAGACAGGGUCAAGAUCGUCAGCUGCAACAGCAAGCGCCCUGGCGAGGUAUAA